GACCCCAUGGACAAGGCGUUCCACUUUUACUGCCAUUGGAUAGACCCGCAGCAGAUGCCAUCCUCUCGGUCUCAAAUUACACUGGUACAGCCCAUCCCCUCAUCGCGCUUCUAUUUACCUGAUCACUUGUGCGCUUUAAGCGCUCAAUCUACCAAUUCCGCGCAGUUCAGGAAGAAAACAAACCUGCAUCUUUACAAACCCUGUCGGGCUUUGAGUUCUUCAUUUCGGCUUUAAAAUCCGAGGGGAAAAAAACGACGACACAGCAAGAUGAGAGGCGCCGAAAGAGAAGCUCUGUCUGAACUAGGUUGACUUGUGUUUUAAGCGCGUGUGCUGACCUGUUAACGCUCUACACUUGCUGAGGAUAACAAAACAUAAAACGCGUAUCACCACAACACUACAGUCCGAGAAGGGACAACGAAGGGGCAUUAGAAAUGUCGUCCCCCCGGAGAGCCUCGAGCCGCAGAAGAAACCCUAUCAUUGUGUUAGCGUGCUGCCUGUUGGUUAUCCUGGUCUUCGUCGUCGCUUUAAUUCUGGUAUUUAUUCCUAGACAACGUACAAGCGCAGAGGGCACGAGUAAAAACCUGGCUGACAUUAUCGUCCGCAGAUGCCGUGUCUAUGUUCAGGAGCACGAGAGUCUGGGUUCUCGUGACUGUGAGGAAAUUAAAAAUAGAUUUCUUAACUCAGUAAUUGGAAAGGAUCCUUGCAAUAUUACAAUGAAUGAUUAUGAUUUCUUUAUGGAAGCAGCACGGCAGAACAUAUCUUGUAAUAAGUUUCUUUUUUGGAGCAAGACAAAGGAAAUUGCCCAUUUUGUCUCCAGUGUUUAUAUGAACAUUAAUGUCAUUAACCCUUCAAAAUGUGUCAUGACUUUGGAAGAUUCUCUUGUUGGUUACAUGAUGGAUGGACUGAAAUGGUGUAGCAGAGUAGGUAUGAAAGAAAUGGAUUAUUCUUCUUGCCCUGGCUGGAAUGACUGUGAACUGAAUUCAGUAAAGUCCUUUUGGAAAAGAGCUUCAUUAUAUUUUGCCAGCAUUGCCUGUGGUAAUGUUUCUGUGAUGUUAAAUGGUUCCAUUAGCGACCCUUUCAGUGAUAGCAGUUUGUUUGCAAAUACUGAAUCCAGGAAACUAAACUCAAAGAAUAUUGAUGAAGUUAAUAUUUUGCUUGUUGACAGUCCACCAGACAGGAACAUGUGUGAAAGCAGUUCCAUACGUGAAUUAAGAAGUGUUUUGUCAGGAUCCAAUAUAAGAUAUAAGUGUACAGCUCUAAAAAGCACAGAGGUGAAGCAGUGCAUCAGCAGCGCUCAGUCCUGUAACUGUUUUUAAUUUCUGGAAAUGAAACAAGUCCAAGGCACUGAAGUUACCAUGGGACCUUUGUAAUCGUGUUCAUUUUUACUGAAUCAAAUAUGUUGGAAGAAUCUUGUAUUUGAUAUUUUCUAAUAUGUGUUCACCCUUGUAUAGAAAUGAGAAAAUUUUUUAGCAUCUAACAUUUUGUAAGUAUAAAAUUGCAACAAAAAAAAAAAAAAAAGACACUAAAAUUUUUGUCCUUGUUUACACUGUUUGUAGCAUUUAUUUUUGAAGGUUUUUUAUUAAUAAAAUGGACUAAUGUAAAUUUCAAUUAAAUAUACAUUUUCUUAUAGAAGCAAUUGUUUAAUUCUAUUUCUUCUUAUAUAGUAUAAAUGAUUCCAAAAAUUCACAUGUACAUUGAUCUAAGCUGUAAGAUUUGCAUUACAAGAGAAGUUGGGUAUGUAAGUAACACAUUUCAGUAACUAUACAUUCUUGCUCCUCAGGUAAAAAAAAAUCUGUUCAAAGAAUGAGAAGGAUAAUAAUAAAAAAGUAGUUUUCUUCAGUUUUAAGCACUUUACAUUUCUAAAUCAAAACAGAAAUCCUAAUUCCUAAUUUUAUCAUUCUUUUUAUCCUGUUUAUUAAAUCAAUGCUGAUUUUUAAUACUGUGAAGCAGAAUAAUAAAUGUGGACAUAGCUGCUGUAACAUAGUUACAGUUUGUUUACAAUAACAAAAAAUGUAAAAAUCUGAUGUAUUUUAAUAAAAAGUUUAUUUAGUAAAUA